AUGCCAGACCAGUACGCUAAAACACCAUCUGGCCAACCGUACAUUGCUUUAGCCACCACCUCGACAACGCCAGUUUUCCUAACGACUUUCUAUCUACAUGACAUUCCGACUUUGCCUCCUCUACUGUCGAUGCCAUCCCUCGCUCAUCAAUUGAUUGCAAUCCCACAGCCAUACACCUUAUCUGACGCAGAAUGGUGGGUCAAUCUUCAAAUGAGCGGGAAGUCCAACCUCCCUCUCCAAGUCCUUCGUGCUGGAGACCCAGAGACGGGAACAUUGAUCGGAGCCAUAAGCCUCAUGCCGAAAGACAGUGAAGCUUUACAAGCAGUGAAGCAUAAGCUGCGGUUGGCUGAAGUAAGGAUGGCAACGGAAGAGAACGAGUGUGAAUUGGGCUAUUAUCUUCAUCCCGAUUGGCAAGGAAAGAGGAUCAUGAGCGCAGCUGUGAAGGCGCUGUUACGAUGGGGAAAGGAGGAGCUCGGUGUUGAAAACGUUGUCAUAAAGAUUUUGGAGGAGAACUCAAAGUCAAGAGCUGUGGUGGAGAGGCUAGGAAGUAUGUUUGCGAGGUGUGAGCAAGAAGAUUCGUGGGUAGACUGGCCAGAGACCAAGGGAGGAGGUAGAAGGAAGUUGCUUGUUUGGAGAUGGACGGGAGAGCAUGCAUGA